CCUGAGAGUGGCUGCUUGAAAUAUGAAUCUUGAGGAGGACCACAUCCCCGUCGCCAGCUCAAGGCCAUGAUGACAAAUCACACAGUAAUCACAACAUUCAUCCUGCUGGGAUUGACAGACGACCCGAAUCUACAAGUUGUGAUAUUUAUACUUUUGUUUCUCACUUACAUGUUGAGUGUGGCUGGAAACAUCAUCAUUAUCGCCCUCACACUUUUGGAUUCCCAUCUUAAAACUCCCAUGUAUUUUUUCCUCCGAAAUUUCUCUUUCUUAGAAGUGUCAUUCACCACUGUCUGCAUUCCCAGAUUCCUGUAUACUCUGACAACUGGUGACAAUACCAUCACCUAUAAUGCUUGUGCCACCCAAUUAUUUUUUGUUGUCCUCUUUGGAGCAACAGAAUUUUUUCUCCUGGCUGCCAUGUCCUACGACCGCUACGUGGCCAUCUGUAAACCCCUGCACUACACCACCAUCAUGAGCAGCAGGAUCUGCACGAUGCUCGUCCUCUGCUGCUGGGUUGCUGGCCUGCUGAUCAUCCUCCCUCCUCUUAGCGUCGGCCUCCAGCUGGAAUUCUGUGACUCCAAUGUGAUUGAUCAUUUUGGCUGUGAUGCAACUCCUAUCUUACAGAUAACCUGCUCAGACACAGUGUUAAUAGAGAAAAUUGUUUUGAGUUUUGCAAUUUUAACACUCAUUGUUACCUUAGUGUGUGUGGUCCUCUCCUACACAUAUAUUGUCAAGACCAUUCUAAGAUUCCCAUCAGCCCAACAGAGGAAAAAGGCCUUUUCCACUUGCUCCUCCCACAUGAUUGUGGUCUCCAUCAGCUACGGGAGCUGCAUCUUCAUUUACAUCAAACCUUCAGCAAAGGAAGGUGUGGCCAUGAAUAAAGUGGUGUCCAUCCUCACUACUUCAGUUGCCCCUUUGCUUAACCCAUUCAUUUAUACACUUCGAAACAAGCAAGUGAAAGAUGCCUUCAAAAACACAGUAAAACAAAUUGCAUUUCUCACAAAGAAGUAA